AUGUUGGAUGCUCUAUUUAAUUUCGAUCUCUUCACGUUAGCCUUUGUUAUAUUAGGCUUAUUGUUUCUUCUGAAGCUUGUGUAUGUUCCAAACAACGGUCCUCCGGGACCUCGUGGAUAUCCACUAGUGGGAAAUUUCCCACUCUUUUUGUCUGGAAGCAAAACAAAAUUAUUUGAACAGUUACGACAGAGUUACGGUGACGUAUUCAGUCUACAGUUAGGUAGCAGACGAAUGGUGGUAAUCAAUGGCUACGAGACCUUGAAGGAAGCGUUUGUGAAACGAGCUGAUGUCUUCUCUGACCGACCAGUGGAGGAUUCCCUAACUAAACGGUCCGGCAAUGGUAAAGGUUUAGUCAUGAGCGACAUUCAUCCACGAGAGCACUGUGGAGAUGCUUUUUCUCUGGGAACAAUCGCACAGAUCAGCGUAUCUAACAUUAUUUGCAGCAUUUCGUUUGGUGAAAGAUAUGCACAUGAAGACAAGACAUUCAAGGAACUGAUGUUGAUGAUUGACGACCAUGUAAAGUUGCUUACCAAAACUGCCAUUACAAAUUUCUUUCCGGUGCUCAGAUAUCUCCCUGGCGAUGUGACUCAUAUAGAAGAGAUAGGUAGAAAUUUUGAUAAUCUAAGAAGGACCCUGCAACAGCAGAUUGACAGACAUCGAGCUACUUUUCAAAGUGGUAACAUCAGAGAUCUCAUCGACGCAUUCAUAGAAGAAGAAAUCAAAAGAGGCAAAAAUGAGUAUUUAGAAGAUGAAAAUUUGGUAAUUGUAUUGGUGAAUUUGUUCAUUGCUGGAACUGAAACUACAGCUACAACCAUCAAAUGGGCGAUUUUGUUUCUCCUUCACCACGCAUGCGUGCAGACAAAACUACGGGAUGAGAUUAACAAUGUUAUAGGAUCCUCACGACUUCCGUCUAUGACCGAUAAACCAAAAAUGACGUACACUGACGCAUUUAUUCAUGAGACAUUGCGUAUGGGAAAUUUAGUUCCGUUGUCCCUGUUACAUGGAGUCAAACACGACACAGAGUUCAAAGGAUACAAAAUACGUAAGGAAGAUUUGGUAGUUCCGAACCUCGAUUCCGCUUUAUUUGACGAGACCUUGUUUACCGAUCCCCAUACCUUUAACCCAGAAAGAUUCAUCGGCGAAGACGGUCAGCUGAAUGGAAAAGAGCGCACAGUUCUUGCAUUUUCUCUAGGGAGAAGAGUAUGCUUUGGGGAAAACCUAGCAAGAAUGGAACUCUUCUUAUUUUUGACGUCAUUGGUUCAACGAUUCAAACUUCUUCCUGCAGACGAUGAAAGUUUACCAACACUUGAACCGAUAUCUGGUGUGGUAAAUUAUCCUCAAAAAUUCAAGUUUAAGGCAAUAAAGAUCAGCUAA